AUCCUGCUUGAGUUCCUUUCGGUGCUCUGAGUUUAGCUUUCUCAAGCUAAUAAACCCCCUUCUUUGGGGGGGUUUACUAUUAUAAUUGAGACAAUAACAUACUAACUAUAUGAAGGGCUGAUGGAGAACACAAGGGAUUUGGCUGAGCGCACCCCGCGUUCGGAGCGUAAGCGUCAGGACUCGUUCGGGAUGUUUGACCGGUACGACAGCUGCAGUGAGGAGAGCACAAGUAGCUCCAGCUCUGAAGACAGUGAGGACGAGGUGCCCUCCAUCCCCGCCAGCCUGCCCAUCAUCAAGAACAAUGGACAGGUCUACACCUAUCCCGACGGCAAGACCGGCAUGGCCACCUGUGAGAUGUGUGGGAUGGUUGGUGUGCGAGACGCCUUCUACUCUAAAACCAAACGCUUCUGCAGCGUCUCCUGCUCUAGAAGUUACUCCUCCAACUCGAAAAAAGCCAGCAUCUUGGCUAGACUCCAGGGUAAACCGCCUACGAAAAAGGCCAAGGUCUUACAGAAGCAGCCUCUCAUGGCGAAGUUGGCAGCUUACGCCCAGUACCAAGCAAGUCAACAACAACAGAACCAGGCGAAGUCAAAAGCAGUGGUUCCUGUUGAAGGCUUUGACUGGGGGCGAUACAUCUGUAGCAAUAACUUAGUUGGAGCACCAGUCAGCUGCUUCAAGCACGUCCCUAUGGGUACGUGCUGGGGAGACCUAGCUGAAGGAGUGAGGGUGGAGGUGCUCAACUCCGAUACUAACCUCUCUACUAAUGUCUACUGGAUAGCAGGGAUCGUCAAACUGUCAGGGUUCAAGGCUCUGCUGCGGUACGAGGGUUUUGACAACGACACCAGCAGGGAUUUCUGGUGUAACCUCUGUGUUCCCGAGAUUCACCACGUAGGGUGGUGCGCAUCCAGCGGGAAACCCCUCGUACCUCCCAAAUCGAUACAGCAGAAGUACUCUAACUGGAAAGCUUUUCUUGUGAAGCGACUCACUGGAGCCAAAACACUGCCAUCAGACUUUGCCACCAAGGUCCAUGAGAACAUGCAGUUCCCCUUUAAGAAGCUGAUGCGUGUGGAGGUGGUGGAUAAGAGCCACCUGUGCCGGACGCGGGUGGCUCUGGUGGAGCAGGUGAUCGGGGGGCGGCUGAGGCUCGUCUACGAGGAGAGCUUCGACGGCUCCGACGACUUCUGGUGUCACAUGUACUCCCCGCUCAUACACUCCAUCGGAUGGUCCCGGAGUAUCGGACACCGCUUCAAACGAUCCGAUGUGUCAAAGAAAAUCGAUGGUCAGAUGGACGCCCCCGCCCAGCUGUUUGCCAAGGUGAAAGACGUGGACCAGAGUGGUGAAUGGUUCAAGGACAGGAUGAAACUAGAGGCCAUCGACCCUCUAAACCUCUCAGCUAUAAGUGUAGCCACUGUAAGGAAGGUGUUGGCAGACGGGUACCUCAUGAUCGGCGUCGAUGGGUCGGAGGUGGCGGAUGGCUCAGACUGGUUCUGCUACCACUCCACCUCUCCCUCCAUCUUCCCUGCCGGCUUCUGUGAAAUCAACAACAUUGAACUCACGCCCCCUAGAGGGUACACUAAACUGCCAUUUAAAUGGUUUGACUACCUCAGAGAAACGAGUUCAAUAGCUGCUCCUGUGAAGCUCUUUAACAAGGAUGUUCCAAACCACGGGUUCCGUCAGGGCAUGAAGCUGGAGGCCGUGGACCUGAUGGAGCCCAGGCUGGUGUGUGUUGCCACGGUGACUCGGAUCGUCCACCGCCUGUUGCGCAUCCACUUUGACGGCUGGGAGGACGAGUACGACCAAUGGGUGGACUGUCAGUCACCUGACCUCUACCCCGUGGGCUGGUGUCAGCUGACCGGCUACCAGCUACAGCCCCCUGCUGCACAGAUGGCCAGAGAAAUCGCAGCAGCUGUACCUAAGCACAAGAAGAAAGCCCAACAGUACAAAGGACAAAAGAAAAAGCGGAAGGUUCCGGUUGGUCGACGGCCCUUCAGUCAGGCAGGCAGGAGGAGGAGCCUAUCAGGGGAGGAGGAAGAACAGAGUCCGCCCCCUUACUCCAGCCAAGGCCCCACUCUGGCCCCCCGGUCCCGCACCCACCACCACUACCACCACACCCACAAACCAGAGUCUCUGUUGCGUCCUAAGGAGGAACAGGCUGAGGUGGAUGAGUUCACCUUCUCCCAGGGUGUCUCAGACCAGGAGAGCAACGGCUCGGGCAGCUACUACAUUAAACAGGAGCCCUGUUGACAGGGACCGGGGCUAAGCCUGGGAGGGUAGGGGGAGCCGGACAAUAGAACCCCCUAAAAUCCAACAUCCAGAGAGACACUGCCUACAACCCCCAACUAGGACAAGAAACACCCCUAAACCAAGAGAAGAGCAAGAGGGCAGGGAGCAUGGAGAGCUCUAAAAAAAAACAACUCAUCCAGAAAAGACAGCCUCUAACAUCGCAAUCGGGGGAGAAUGCUGCUGGGUGACUUGCUACCACAAAAACACUAAUUGACUACAUGCCCUGAAACCCAAACCCUCACCCCACAAAUCAAGACGGGGUGCUACUUGGGGCUCCCCAAAACCAUCCAGGGGAGAAGAACCCUUCUGAGCAGCUACAACAUUAAACCCUAGAGCCCUGAUGGACAGUCACUCAUUCAGUGAGACUGACAUACCAUGUAAACAUACCAUAUAAACAACGGCUAACUGGACACUUCCUAAAGCCUCCGGCCCGGAAGAGGCUGCUUCUGAUACCCGAACAACCUGAUCAAAAUCCCACUUCCCUGAAUGAUUGGAUACGACUGUGGCUUUCUGUCUUCCUCCAUAAAUGCAUCUAGACGGGGCCUUGGAGCUCUGGAUGCCCACAACAGAAGCCUGUCCUCUGGGUAGUCCGGUGUCUCUUCCACCACCCUGCCCUAGGCCAGGCAGGACCUCUGACACAACUCGGGGACACACACACAGAAACCUGCACUAACUGGGACAGAUAGAUAGGUCUUUGGUUUAUUUCUUUCAGGUAAGAGAGCUAAGGAGGGGGGAGGGAUUGAAUUUCACUUGGUCUUGAGAGAGAGCACGGGAGGGAUUGAUUUUAUUUCACGCGGUCUUGAAAGCAAGCACGGGAGGGAGCUAUAUAAAACAGGAAUCUUUUUUUCCAACAAUUUUGCCAGGUGGACUUGCUUUGAUUUGUUAAUAGUACUUGAAGUUUUGGUAAAGUUUCUGUUUUUGUACUUUAAAUUGGAGGGUUGUUAUUUUUUUUUGGGGGGGGGGGGGGUCGAGUGGUAUGGAUAUUAUAGUAAGGAUACAUAUCCAUAGACGAGACCUAUUCAAUAUAGAACUAUAUAGAUAUUAAUGAUUGUGAUUUGACCAGAGUGGGUUUUCAAUAGAUGUUGUAGAAAUCUGAAACCUUGUGAUAGGACUGAAUCUCUUAGACUAGAUGGGAUUUGUGCCCCAAUGGGUUAACUGACAUACUAUUUAGGAUUGGCAAUGCAUACUAGGAAGUGUGCUAGUGUCUCUAUUGGGAUACACUAGAUUAACACUGUCACAGAUUGCACUACAGGAACAAACAGCCAGACUCUCUGGCUUGUUGAACCCACCCUUACCUCUUGCAUGUCAGCAGCUUUAGAAUAGAAGGUCCUGAUUGAUCUAGGGAAACAACUUCAGAAACAAAGCUAAACCACACGAGAUACUCUUUAUUACACUCAACCGUAAAGUCUUAUUCCUUGUCAUAACCUAUUUUCUUCUAAGAAAACAAUUGCAAACUCUUCAUAAAUCUGUCCCUAAAAGAGAGCAAAAUGUAAUCCUAAAAUGAUGUCAAUCAGAAAUAAAAACAAUGUAGGUUACAUGUCAAGGAUGACAUCGAGGUAUGAAAACCCGUUAAACCCCCCCCCCCCUCUUGUUUAUGGGUAAUUAUUUUGUUCACUGCCAAAUGGAUGCGUACUGGUUAAGUAUUCAACUGAGCCACUGGAUAACAAUUUUAUUGUCGGUGUUAAUGUCUUCAUUUAUUAAACAUUGCUUUGUUGAUAGCCUUUGUACAGUGAGGGAAAAAAGUUUUUGAUCCCCUGCUGAUUUUGUACGUUUGCCCACUGACAAAGACA